CUAAAACGCUGAGUUGGCAUAAAAUGAGAUGUCCACAUACAUUUUGAUGAAGAUUGAUCACCGUUUUCUGACAUCUAGUGGAGCUUUUUCUGUGGAGAAGGAAACAUUUAAUACCCAUAAAAUCCAAAAUAUCGGGGGGAGAAUCAUUUUACUAUGCCUAUGAGACAUUCCACCCCAUAUCAAACUGGCGCCAUCUUUACGUUAUCAUCCAUGGACACUAAAGUAGCCUGCACAAACAGAAUGUAGCCCCCCCGGACGUACCGCAGCAUUUGUGGAAGUUCUACUGAGAGCUGUUUUAGUUAUAUAAAUGAGACCCACGCUCCAGAUUUAGGACAUAAGUGAAAUUUAUGCGAGUAAUGCCAUAUUAAUCCACUUAUCUCACGUUGAAACAUGAAGUUCAGACAACUGUACUAACUUCUUCUGGAGCCCGGCGAUCGGGGGGGGGGGCAUUUAUCACCCCCACCGUGGUGGUCCGACUGGCGGAGAGGAAGUGGAGCUUGCCCGGCUGAGGCUAUUUUGAAGUCACCCCCUGCCAAGGCACACAAGCAAGCACACGUACAUGCACACGCGCACACGCAGCUGCUAGGAACCAUGUCAGAAGAUGACGGAUACAGUUGUCGCGGAGGGACAAGUCAAGUUUAGAGAUGGGAAAAAGUGGAAGACUCGGUGGGUCGUCGUUCGGAAGCCUUCUCCGGUCGCAGACUGUCUGUCUGUGCUCGCCUACAAAGACAAGAAGAAAGCCAAGGAGCGUCUUGGUGUGACACUAGAGGGCAUAUAUGGUGUGGAACCAGGGCCAGGUUAUGAUGGCGUCAGUUACACACUCUCUAUCCUCUGCCUGGCACACACCCUGGUGCUGGGCUUCCACAGUCGAGAAGCUCUCCUGGCCUGGGACUCCCGCGUACGCUACAGCCUGGGGGAAGUCCACAGAUUUGGUGUCACUGUGGAGCCCGGUACCAAAUUGGAGAUUGGCCCCGCUUCUCUCCACCUGUGCAACAACCUAUUGGCCCUCACCAGGGGCCUCCCUCCCGCCAUCAUUGGCCACUGGAAGCUGUCCUCUUUACGUCGAUAUGGCGCUGUGCCAAAUGGCUUUGUGUUUGAGGGAGGGACUCGCUGUGGAUUCUGGGCAGGAGUUUUCUUCUUGUCCUGCUCAGACGGAGAGCAGAUCAGUUUUCUGUUUGACUGCAUCGUCAGGGGCAUCAACCCCAGCAGGGCGACACAUGGGCUGCGACCUUCCCUGCCAGCAGAGACCAUCAAUGCCAAUCCGGCAUCGGUUGAAGAACGGCUCAACCAGGAAGCCUGCGAGCUGGAGAAAAGACUCAGCAUGCUGUCCACUUGCAGUCUUGCGAGCAGCACAGCUUCCACUUACAGCUGCAGCACAUCUGUUGCCGGGGACGACCGCAGCAGUAUCUCCAGCUCCUCCUCCAGCCAAUCCGACACGAGCUAUGGGAGCCGACAUCCUUUCUGGGCAGAGCCGUUCGUAAAAUUACACCUCCCCAGCGAGACAGCGUUGAGCUCAUCCUCGCUGAAGGCCUUGGCCACUUCAGAUGACCGCCUGUACGCUGCUGUGAUGGGAGGCUGUGGUCCAUCUUCCACUCAACUCCAUCCUCGUGGUCUCCAUGAUAGCGGGCGCCAGAGCUCGUUGGAUAGCGGCAUUGGGAUCGCGACCGGGAGCUCAGGUAGCUUCUCCUCCUGCACAGGCAGUGUGGACAUGGCCACCCAGGGAGCAGGAGAGGAAUUUGGCUCCCUGGCCACUCUAUCUGCUCCUCCUCCCUCUGCUCCUCCUCCUCCUCCCAAUCCUUCACCUUCCCAGUCCACGCCUCAUCAGGAACACAGUGGUGGGCCCUCUAGGCUCGAUGAUGAGCGCCAAAGUUCUGGCCUGCUCAGACAACGCUAUGAUACGCCCAGGAGUCUGAUCCAGAACAGGGCCCUGAAGGACCCCUCAGCAGGUCAGGAGCACCCCUCUGAAACAGGCAGGGACAGUGCGAUGUGCAGGGAUCGGCUUGCAAGUCAGGACCGAGGACUGACAGACGGCUUACCGGGAUCCCAACCUCAGCGCCAGGCUUUGAUGCAGUGCCCGCUCUCCUGGCUCAGUGACAGGACGCCCCCUAUGGAUAAUGAGGAGAAGUCCGCCCCCCAGCAACUGUUUGUAGCUGGAACGUCACUUUGUGAAGAAAUACAGCCCUGUCAAAGUUUUGAUAAUUACAUCACACCAGAGCAGUGGCGCACAGCAAAUAGCAGAAGUUUGCCGAUGCAGGUUGGCAACUCCUCAUCAGGUCCACGGUCUUCUGCUGAUUCAUCAGACCAGCUAUGUGCGACUCACCAUGACUGUCACGACGGGGAUCUGAUUAGGAUGCUAUCCUCCAUGCCAGCCUCCAGCCCUCUGCAGCCAAUCGCACUCAGCACAGCCAGGACACAGUCAGCCUAUGAAGAGGGCUCCAUUGACAGGUAUAGCCAUGGAAACAACGGUGCCAUGGCAACAGCUCAGCGAGAGGGUGGCGAGCAUGCACUGGGCAGGGGGGGCCAACUGACUCGGAUGGACAACAGGCGGCAAGGGCCACUGCGCUGACUUUGUUACCACCCGAGUGGACGACUUUUUCACUGGACUCUCCUCCAAAGCUGAACUUCUCCUAACAACGUGCAGUUUUGCUUUUGAUCAGUAAUUGCAGAACAAUCCAUUCCACUUUGAAAAUGAAUAUCCAGUCUAGUAAAUGCCUAGAAAGUCUGUUGUGUGGAUGAUGUACAGGAAUCUCCUGCAUAUUUGUGGUUCUUUCUUUGCAUUUUUUAAAACCUCCAUUAUUUGCUUAAAACUCACCUAUUUGUCCUUCAGUAUAUAUUUUUUGUGCUUCCGAUUAAGGUCCUAGAUGCCAAAAGGUGCCGCCAAAGCUUAGCUUCUUUGUAGUUUAGCAAACUUAAAACAGGUAAGCUAUUUUUUAUUCACGAGUCCAAAUAUACUGUCUAGUGUAUUUUAAACACCCCGUAAAGUGAAUUCACAGGUUUGUUUGUCAAUCCAUUGUACCUGUUUGAACAUAACGAAUGUGGAAAGACUGACAACUUUGUAAGCACUGAAUUAUGGAAAUAUAGAUCAUUGUCAAUCACAUGAAUGGUAUUUGUUUGUCUGACAUGAUGGGGGGUCCAUAUUUGGGGGAUAAACGAGGCUUGAAACA